AUAAAGGGAAAGUAACGAAUGGUCUGAAUGGUCUGAUUUGUGGAUUAGGCCACGAUGGAACAACAGAAGAAAUUCAAAAGUGGUAAAAGUAGAAGGGAAACAGCGGUUCAAGGAACAAAUGAUAGUUCUAUUGUUAGUAAGUGUUCCAUGGCAGCGGCUAGUUACUUUGAUGAUCCAUUCUUAAAAGAGUUUGUUUCCAAGACAGCAAAGAGGUCUCCAUUAAUUAACAGGGGAUACUACAUCAGAGCAACAGCCAUAGACUUUUUACUGAAGAAAUUUCUAUCAUCAGAUUCUAAAAAGAAACAGAUUUUAUCAUUAGGUGCAGGUUUUGAUUCAGCUUACUUCAGAUUAAAAUCUCAAGGACUUAUUGAUAAUGUUAUGUUCUGUGAGAUAGAUUUUUGUGAUGUAGUAAAGAGGAAACACACUGUGAUCAGUACAAACUCUACCUUGAACAGUUUGAUACCAGGAUAUUUCACACAGUCAGAGAAAGAAGAUCCCUUGAUUGAAAUAAACACAGACAGAUAUAAGUUGCUUGGUGUGGAUUUGACCCAGCAUAAUACAUUGGAAGCCUUAUUGAAAAUAUGUGGUAUAGAUUUUGAUAAUCCAACAUUGCUGCUGUCAGAAUGUGUGUUGACCUACAUGACAAAAAGAUGUUCCUCAAAUGUGAUCCAGUGGGCAUCUGAAACAUUCUCCAACUCUAUGUUUGUGUUAUAUGAACAGAUAAACCCAAAUGAUUCUUUUGGAUUGUUUAUGCAGAACCAUUUCCGGACUAUAGGUUCAGCUUUAAAAUGUAUUAAUGCAUUUCCAACCAUGGAUUCUCAGUUACAGAGAUUUAAACAGUUGGGUUGGGAGCAGUCAGAAGCAAUGGAUAUGAACCAAUUCUAUUAUAACUUAGUUUCUGAAGAAGAACGAAACCGAGUGGAAUGGUUAGAACCAUUUGAUGAAUAUGAAGAAUGGCACCUUAAAUGUGCACAUUACAUGGUGUUGUGUGCUUACAAUAAAACAUGUGAAUCUCUGUUGUCAGGUUUUACAAAAGAUGUCUCCCUAUCUUCUAACGUCAUUCCAUCAUGUGUGACAAUAGAAGCACUAGCUAAUUUGACCAGUAUCUUGAGGAUUGGUCAUGCCAGUACAGUGGUCAAUGGUGUUAUAGUUACUGUAGCAGGAUUUGGGGAGGAGUAUGGUAAACAUCAAAGGUUGUCAUCAGUUAUGAUUACAGAUGCAAAAACAUUCAAAUCAAAGUUAUUAAAUCUAGAUGUAGAUCUUGAUAAAAUUGAAAUAGUAAGGCUUCGACAUACACUGUGUCCACUAAAGGAUGGAUCAACAGUUCUUAUUGGUGGAAGAAUGUCACCUACUUAUUGUUGUACACAAGUCAUUCAGCUCCUACUUAAUUGUCAUGAUUCAAUAGGAAAAUACACUGAAGGAACUGAGAAAUCUCUACAAACAAAGGAAAACAACACAAAUGGCACCCAAAAUUGUUUUAGUAAAGGGUCACAUACAUCUACAGAUUUGACACAUGAAGAUGUUUUAAAUGGAGCAGCAAGAAAAACUGAAACAGGCAACUUGAAUUAUGAAUUUGUUAAUAGCAGAGACAGGAAAGGAAAUCAGAAUAAAGAUGAAUCUGAAAAACUGAACUGUGUGACACAAAAUGAAACAUUAAUUCCGAACUCAGAUUCCAGACAUUCUGAUAAAAAUUGUGUAAACAUUGAAAAUAUAAACUUAACUUCGCCAUAUCUCAAUGCAAAAUCUAAUGAAACACACUCUAAUAAAGAAAUUUUAGAUAGACAAAAUUCAUCAGAUACCAAAAUCAAGGAAAAACCAAAAUGUUUAUCAAAUAGUUUAGACUUAGAUAAGAGUGAACAGAACACUGAUAGUAAUAAAAUAAAUUCAAACUGUCAUAAAAAAGACAUUGUUAUUUUGGAAACCAUGAACUCUGAUAAUAAAAGUGAUAAUAAGGAGAUUAAAAGCAUUGAAUCUGUGUCAUUAACUUGUUCUGUGAUAAAACAAACAGGAUACAUUCCAGUUCCUAGAUGGCGCCACUCUGCAGUUGUCUGCCAAAAAGCUGGUAAAGAAAUGAUAUUUGUAUAUGGAGGUAGGAAUGAGACACAUCUGGCCUUGAACUGUGGAUAUUUGUUUGAUCCAGAUAAUGGACAGUUGAGUCAAGUUUGUAGCUCCGUAUCAGAAUCAGGAUACAGACAAUCACAUACAGCAUCUAUCUGGAAUAAUCAGGUUAUCAUUGCUGGGGGUCUUGACCUUCAGCUUCGACCUGUAAACAGUAUUUAUAUGUUGGAUGUAGAAAAUCUGGUGUGGAGGAGGUUUGAUGUUACUGGAGAGUUGUUACCAAGAUAUUCACAUACAGCUCAAGUCAUAGGUAAUCUGUUAGUCUUGAUUGGUGGAGUCAACUUGUGUCAUCAGUCACCAGGUGUCGCUGUGAUCAACUUAUUGUCAGGUGCAUGUGCAGAAUAUGCCCUUUCUGUACCAGACCCUGACUUUUUGGUAUUGUUACACCAGCACCAGAUCUGUUACCUUGGAAAUGGGAGAUUUGUUGUGAUUGGAGGUGGCGGUAACUGUUUCUCUUUUGGAACUCUUCUGAAUAAAUCUCCAUUAGUUCUGGAUAUCAACAAAUGUGUUCAGCACUUCACCCAAACUGUUUGCAACAAGAAUGGAUCAAUGUCUUAAAGAUAAAGCAUAAAACAAUGAUAACUUAGGAAUCAAAUUAAAAAAAAUAUUUAAUUUUAUACUAUAAUGUUAUUUUUUUUUGUUUUCUGGUUCAUGUGGGACUUUUUAACUGCUCAUUGUAUUACUAUUUGUUACCAACUGUGAUAUGUGAAUAGUGGAACAUUGAUUUCAAAGUUUUUUCAAGGGACUUAUUUGGUAUUUAUCUGAGGGAAAGCAUGAUUGGCUUGAAUAUAUUUGUUUUUCAUGGGGAAAUACUACAAAAAUAUUCUUAUAUCCAUUUUAGCCAUACAUUUGGUAUUUUUUUUAUUUUUAAUUUAUAAGUCCAAACAAUUAUUUUAAUACUAGCACCUACCAGUGGAAUGGGCUUAUAUUUAAACCCCCUUCAUUCAAUCUUUCCUCUAGAAUUACUACGAUUGUUUCCUUUUUAUCACAUGUUGUUGUUUUAUAAUUAAAAGUAAAGAUUAUCAUUCCAUGAAUUAGCUUGGUAUGAAGCAUCCCUAAAUCAAUUCAUCAAUCAAUUUUUUAAGUUACAGCCUUUUGACCUGAAAGUUCCAUGAAAUUUUGGUUGAUGAUUUUCCUAAUGCAGAGGAUUUCAUCAUUUGUAGUGUAAUAAAGAGUAAAACAUAGA